AUGGCACCCUCUCGUGUCGACUCUCCGGAGCCCAUUCCAUCCCCUGCCCCGGGAAAGCUUCAGUCCAUCCAGACACAGCAGCCUCAUUAUGGUGACUUCCGUGAUGACUUCUUUCGUGACGGUUACGCUGUCAUCAAAGGCGUCAUGAGCAAAGAACGCGCUAGCGAAUACCAGAGCGAAGCCCUGACCUGGCUUGAGUCAUUCGGCCUUGGCUUUGACCGCAACGACAAGUCCACCUGGAAGAAGGAAAAUCUCCCACAGAGCUGGAAGGGUGGCAUGUACCUGCACUUCUCGGCUGCACACGAGAAGUAUGUCUGGGAUGUCCGAUGUGAGCCUGGCGUGAUUGCUCCCUUCGCUAAACUUUGGGGAACAGACGAGCUUGUCGUCUCCUUCGACACGGUGAACAUUACUCUUCCUCAAUCCAUCGUAGGCACCUACGACUCCCAGCCCUGGCCACACUGCGACCAAGCGCCUGAGCGCAAAGGUCUGGUCUGUGUCCAGGGCAUCGUCAACCUCUCCAACGCGGGCCCCGACGACGGUGGACUCAUCGUAAUGAAGGGUUCUGCAGCGCUCUUUGACCAAUUCUUCGAAGAGAACCCCGUCACUGGUCCCACCCCCUGGCGCACCGCUAAACAUAAGGAUUUCCACCCCUUCUCUGACAAGGAUUUGGACUGGUACCGCGAGCGUGGAUGUGAAUUGAUCAAGGUCUGCGCUGAACCAGGCGAUUUGAUUCUCUGGGACUCGAGACAGAUGCACUGGGCUCAGUUCGGGACCUCGGAUCUGGUGCGGACUAUUGUCUAUGCUACGUAUACGCCAGCGGCAUGGAUGAGCGAGGAGGAUCGGGAGAAGAAGAAGGACUUAUUUGAAAAAUAUGAGACAACUACACACUGGCCGCAUACGAACUUGUAUACACAUGGGAAGGCGAUGGUGAUGGUGGAUGGGGAGGAAGUAGUGGAUCCGUUGGAGAGGGACGAACCACUUACCAAGCCGAGUGGAACAGACCCCUUGAACUACCCUCAAUGGCAAAAAUGGGUAAUCACGUUCGUGCUGGGAUUGUUCUCCGUCCUGGGCGUCCUGCUGACCUCCGGAAUGGGGCCCUUCGUCACCUUAAUGCAAUCCUACUACGACUACAACCCCCACACCGACGAUCUCAUGACCUACCCAACCCUCUUCAUGGGGAUUGGUAAUGUCAUCGCUAUGCCACUCGCCAUGGCAAUCGGCAGACGCCCAGUAUUCCUAGCCUCUGCAUUGGUCCUAACCGUGGGAUCAAUCUGGCCAGAAAUCCACUUCGUCCACGAACGCAGCAGCCGCCUCGCCUGGUUCAGCGCGAUCCAAUCCAUCGGCACAGCCGCCCUUACCAUCGCGACAUCCUACCUAGUAAGCAGCCUCGGCUGGAGAUGGUGGUACGGGGUAUUCUCCAUCGCCAGCGGCCUGGUCUUUAUCAGCGCAUUCACCCUCGUCCCUGAAUCCCGCUACGACCGACCCACCGAUGCCUUCGAAGGAGAAGUGCACGUCCACCACGACGGCGAAGAACAAGUCAUCGUUCACGCAACCACCAAGAACCGCGUUCCACUAGACUUCACCAACUACAAAGCACGCACCUGGAAACAUACUCUAGCCAUCAUGCACCCACCCGCAAACUGGAAAGAAGCCCUAACAUGCUACAAGCAAAUGGGCCAAUGCAUCCUCUUCCCCAACAUCCUCUGGGUUGUCCUCAUGAACAGCGUCUCCCUCGGAAUCUACGUUAUCGGAGUGACAGAGUACGCCUCUGUCCUCGGCGCCCCUCCAUACAACUACCCAACCACAAGCCUAGGCCUAGUUCAGGGUGGACAAAUCGUGGUCGCAAUGAUAAUGGUUCCCGUGCUCGGCUACGGCGGCGAUCAGCUAUACAAAUUGGUCGCAAGGCGUCGAGAGAACGGCACCGUUGAGUCUGAGAUUCGACUCAUCCCUAUGCUGCUGCCUAUUAUCGUCUUGCUUAUCUCGUGCGUCAUCUUUGGCCGUGCUGCAUCUCAUCCGACGGAAUGGUCGCCGUGGGCAAUCACCACUACCUUCAGCGGGAUCUAUUUUGCCUAUAUUGGAAUUAUUCUCAAUGGGUAUACUUAUUCUCUGGACAGUUAUGCGGAGCGGGCAGCGCCGAUCCUCGUUCUUAUUUGCGCCAUCCGUGGAUUUAUCUCGUUUGGGAUUUCGUUUGGGGUUACGAAGUUUAUCACCGAGCAGGGAUUUCAGGGUGCUUUUGAUAUUUGUGCGAUUAUUGCGGGUGUUGUGGCUGCGCUGGGGAUUCCGGUUUUUGUCUUUGGGUGGUGGAUUAGGAGGGUUACGAUGAAAUAUGCGGUUGAUGGGAGGACUGCGGAGUUUUGA